CAAGUUUAAAAUAUAAGUAUCUACUUAACCGCAAAAUAGUAAGUACUGAAUUUAAACCAUUUAUAUAUCGUAAACUCUGCAAUAUUUAAAAUUGAAAGGCUAUGUGCAUAAUCCAUAUAUAGAUAUAAUAAAAUUUUGUCUUUAUAUCUUCUAACUUUAUUCUUAAGACUGAAAUUCCUUGCAACUUAAAACUAUCAAUUCCAAUAUGUAAAGGUGCGUACAACAUUACGGCGGGAAAAUUUAUAUGAUUUGUACUUGCAAUAUAGUUUUUGUUUUCAAUAGUCAUAGAGUUCCUUGUAUGCAUAAAUGUGGAUUCGUCUUUUGUCUAUAUUGAGAAAAUUAUAAACUUCUAUAAAUACAUGUUCAUAAUGUUUGGAAAAACAUAUUAAUCUUUUCGACUUUUGUAACUUAUUGUUGUCGUUGUUUAGUACUAAUAAUUGCUUGACAAUUACUUGUGCAUUAGGGCUUAUUAAUCUGGCAUCAAAUAUAUAUAUAUUAUUACUGAACUUAUGAAGUAUUCCUCGACGUCUUGAGUAAAGGGUUUCCUGAUUUUUCCAUGAUAGUUCAGACACAAACAACGGCAGCUUGGACCCAAUGUUUGACAUGAGACACAUAUUGCAAGCAAGGUAAAAUUUCGCUUCAUAGAACAUUUGUUUCAUUGUCACUCAUUCACAUCGAGUGGAUUUUGAAAUGGAAAAUGUUUUCUACAUAAAAAGAUAAGUUCUUCUUCGAUUACCACGCAUUACCAAGCAUGCGGCGUGAUAGCGUUCCACGCCGAUUUGAAUUCAUAUGGAAUGAUCAGAAGACCGUAGAAAUCACAGAUUCCAUGCAUGCAUGCAUUGUCAAAUUUAUCUUUUAUCAAAAUAUUUUUCUUAUCUUUGAGCAUGAUUCAGUAAUACAAUUGAAACACUGCACGGUCUCCGAGACAAGCUUUAAUUGCUUACAAGUCACAAUUGCAAUAUUACGUUGACGAAAAUGGGCUAAAACUCGUUUCCAAUCCCCGUUGGUUCCAUAGCCCAAUGGACAGAGUAAUUAGAUCAGGUACAAAUAGUUUUGCGGUGAUUUUCUAAAUUCGAUUCAUCAUGCAGUUUUGUAAAUCAUAAAUUUUCCCUAAUCCCAUAUUGUUUCGAAUGUUUCAAAUGAUUUAUAAUAUAAAAAAGAUUUAAAAUGAUUAGAACAGAUUAGAAUAGAUUAGAAUGAUUCUAACUCAGUGCAUACAAGCAACCUUGCACAUAUUUUCAUUCGAGUUUCAAUUCAUCAUUUUUCUAAAAUCAUAAAUUUAUCAUAAUCUCUUCCAAACGUUUGAAAUGAUUUAUAGUAUACAUAGAACUAUAAAUAUGCCUUCGAAUGUUGAAAUGAUUUAUACUGUGUAUAUAUAGGACUUUCAUGACAUAUGUGAGAUCAAUCAUUAUUUAUGACUCUAACCACAAUAUGUUCGUGAUAGGUUCUGACUUAAUCACAUGGAAAUGAGACAAAAACGAAUGAGUGUUUAUAAAACAAUGAUGCGUCGUCGGGCUUUCACCAACUGGGCGAAUAGCGUGUUGAGAUCGCUGGACAAACAAAUUGUUGACAUUUUUAAUCCAAACGAGUGUGCGUUGUUGGAAGCGCUGCUCGAAAUUGUCCUCGCGAAAUCAGAGAAGAAAUUUAAAGACAUCACCCAAGAAAGGAAAGCAAGCGAGCGAGAGGCGAUCUUGGGUAGAGCUGGAGAGUUUAAGAAGAAUUAUUUUAAGUCGGAGCAAGGGCAAGGUAAUUAUGAAUCGCUUUAAUCCUGUCUGACUUUUAAUCUUUAGUCGACCGAAAUUUAAUAUUUUUCAUUCCUUAAAGGAAUUCCUCAUUUCGUUAAUGUUUCCAAACGUAUCGAUAAAUAAUUUCCCAUUUUAAGAUUAGCUUUCAUAUAAUGCAUGUGAAAAUUACUCAUGCUUAAAGUUAAAAAACAAAAUAUACGAUAAAUAUAGAGCAUAUUGGAGUUUUGUUUCGAAAAACAGGAACAAGUUUAGACCUGUUACCUUUGUAUUGAAACUCAAUGUGAACUACACUUGCUACAACGAAUGACUAGGGAUGAAUUAAAACUCAAAUAACGAGAAUCUAGCUGUAUCUGCUAAAAUUUAUUCAUACAAGUAUGACACACUUAAAAUUAUAAACAAGAUGACUCUACCGAACACCUCAGAUUUUCUUCUGGUUCUCUGACUUCCUUUUGUAACAUAACACUGAAGCAAUGAGGGAUGAUCCUUACUGGACCUCUAGGUAGAACAGUUUGGAAUUGACAGAGCUAUCCAACUCAAAUAAUGUCAGUUUAGUUUAGCUUUCGUAGUUUCGUAUACCCCUUCUUGAAUUCAAUCAUUUUACCUUCUGAGCGCUGCUACGGUAAAGCAUAUAACAGUUUUGUGACUGUAUAUUUAGGCUACAGAAGAUUCAAAUUGUUUCCAAGGGUUAUUCGAUAACAGGAUAAUGUUAUUUGUUCUGAAAUAAAUGUUCCGCUUUUGUAAGACACGCGCACAGCAAUCAUUUCACGUGGGGAGACAACAAAGGGGAAAUACUGGCUGACAAUAUAAAGCAGUUAGCAUGCUGACGUUUGAAGCCUAUGUACCGAGCUUUAAAAGUUUCUCUGUUAUGACUAGAAACUGAUAAGGCUAUUUAAACUAUAGUUUGACAUUCAUAAGCGAAAACCACGGUUAAUACACAGCCAGACGAAAUUCAAUUAUUUAAAACGGAAUCACGCUGAUGGCUUCUGUCUGUUUUUAAAUGCAAAUUUUCAUUUACACAGAAAUGAAACGGUAUUGCAUAAUUAAAAGACCGAGUAAUUGAAGUGCAUUGUCAAUAUAUGGAGUGAUUAGCGGCGUGGGUUGAUAUGAGAAGAUUAUGGAGGAUAUGUCGGUCGAAAUUCACAAUAUUUGUAGAAUUGCAGAAAUCUAAUUUGUUUUAAUUCAGAAAGAUUUCCUAAUUUUUAUUUCCUGUAAUUUAUUUCCUAAUUUAUCCACCUUCAAGAAACAUGGCUAGGAAACCUAGGAAACAAUGUUUCCAGGUUUGCCCACUUUUGGGAAACAUGGCUAGGAAACAAUAUUCUCUGGUUUGUCCACUUUCAAGAAACAUGCUAGGAAAAAUAUAAAUGUUUCCUGCUUUGCCCACCUUCAGGAAACAUGGCUAGUAAACAAUGUUUCAUGGUUUGUCUACCUUCAAGAAACAUGGCUAAGAAACAAUGUUUCCUGGUUUGUCCACCUUUGAAGGGAAACAUGGCUAUAAAAUAAUGUUUUCUGGUUUGCCCACCUUUGGAAACAUGGCUAGGAAACAAUGUUUCCUGGUUUGUCCACCUUUGGGAAACAUGACCAGGAAACAAUGUGGAAAAUGCUCUGUUUUCGUCCGCAGAGUACGAAAAAACUAAAGUUUUAUAACUUUUCUUUUCUAGUUGUGAAUCGGCAUACUGUCAUCCAGUUCAUUUGGGACCUUAUAGAGUUCUUUCAUAUUUCCCCGGGCAAAGAACUAUGGGAGAUUGAGAACGCACCAAUGAACGCCAAGGAAAUCUUGUUAAAGUGGCUCAACAGCAAACUUGCUGGACGGAAAGUCAGAAACUUCACGACCGACUGGAAUGAUGGGACGUUGCUAUGUGAGCUCAUCAAUUCGCUCGAACCAGGCCUAAUUCCUGCGCGGGCAUACCUUCAAGGUAGUUGGCCUCAGAAGAAUGUUAAAGUUGCUAUGGAAACGGCCGAAAAAAACUGGGGCAUAUCUAUGAUAAUAUCCCCGGAUGAUAUGAUAUGCAGUGAAGUUGACGAGCUCAGUGUGAUGACGUACAUAGCUCUUAUUUUUGAACACGACCUCGAGAGGAAUUCUACCAAUCAGAACUCGCAUUUGAGUAACGGUCAUAUUGAGAACGACAGCAUAGAGAAUGGAAGCAUCGAAAAUGGAAGCAAAGAAAAUGGCGUUCACACAGAAAAUAAUCUCAAUUCGGACAAUACUAAAGAAAAUAUCAAUCACAAACCAGAGAUGGGAAAAGUUGGCAAAGAAAUAGAAUAUAGACUAGACCUUCAUGAUGUAAACGCGAAUGAAAUCACAGUUUCGGUCGAGUUUAAGCCGGCUGGGAAACUUACACAAGAUUACAAGCCCGAUUUGAGGGUGUUCUCGAUGGGAAAAGGUCGAUUUCGGGUCAAGUAUACACCCAAUCUUGCAGGCAACUAUCGACUGAGCAUGUACUACAAAGACGAACACAUUGCAGACAGUCCGUACUGUGUCCAAGUUUUGCCAAAACUGCACAUGAAGGGAAAUGGAACUGACUUGAAUAAUAAUAAAAAUAGAAAGAACAAAUCGAGUGAGAAUUUUUUAAGCAAUGGAGAUAAAAACGAAUCAGAAGAAUUACUUACUCAGGAUGGUUUUUAUGGAUUCGACGGCGAUGGAUUGAAAAAUGCCACAGUUGGCAAACUAGCCGUAUUUACUGUCAUCACUGAUAACCGUGAUAAAGGACCUUUGAGUGUCUGCAUAAACUGUCCAGCGGUUUCCCUACCAGUUCCGCACGUGAGGACCACGUGUUCGAAGAACUACUCAACACACACUGUAGCAUACAUGCCUACUUUAGCUGGGACUUAUAACAUCUACGUGCGAUGGGGUCUCAAACUAAUUAAUGGCAGUCCAUUUGAGGUAUCAGUCAGUGACCAUGAUUCGGGGUUACCGAGGGUGUCCCAGGCUAAAGAUAACCCAAGUAAACGGCAGUCGACUCAAUUUAGUCACAUAAAGGUCUACUGUUCCAGCUCAUCUUUAGAUCCAGACGUGAUCCGUGAAACAGAACAGCUUGAAAAACUACUUCAACGUUAUGGUCUGACAAGAAAUUCAUCGGAUGAUAUUUGGGUCAGCAUUGAUGUGGAAUUACAAAAAGACGAACGGGAUUUGAUCUUCCGUCUGGCUGGCACAAGGAGAUUACCUUUGUUGUUUAUUCAUGAACAAUGCCUGGGGAACUUUGACGAGGUUUGUGAGUUGGAUAAGAAGAAUGAGUUAGAGGAACGGUUGAUGUAUAAAAUUAGGAAAGUUUAGGGUGUAUGCAUCGAGGGAAUAAGUAACUCGGAUAUGUUUCGGUACUCUGGUUUAAUGCAAUCCUCAAACAAAAUUUCGACACUAUCUUCAUCAGGGGUGACUUAAAGUCGCAAUGCGGUUAUAUACUCGACGAAUGAUGUCAUCGCCUUAUAACAGGGUGAAGAUGGUGAUAACAUUCUACGAGUACAUAAUAAGCCACAUUGUGACUUUAAAUCACUUCUACGGAAAACACUAGACUGGAAUGUCGAAACAUUGGUUUGUUCGAGGAUUGCAUUCAUUUACUUGAACCAGAGUAGCGAAACACGUCUGAUAUUAUGCGUGGUUGUCGUGAAUACUCACUUUAAGUUAAUUUAUUCUUGUUAUACAAGCACAAAAAGUAUCAUAAGUUGUUAUAGCACGUAUUUUUCACAAAUAUGUAACUGGAUUUUGUUACGAAUGGGUCUUAGCACUUGUAAACUGUUUAUCGAAAUUCUGUACUUGCAAUGCACGCACUAAUAUAAUAGUAUUUUAAAAUAAUAUAUAUUCUAAUAGUAUUUAUUACUGUACAAAUCUAUUGUUAAAGGGUAUUUAAUAUUGUUAAAAUAGUCACCUAAUAAAUAUUCCUAAAAAGUCAACUUCGUUCCUAAAUUGUUGUUUAAAGAUUUUUAUUAUUCCAUUUCUAUUAACAUUUUCUAGUCCACAUACUGAUUUUAAAACAAGACUUGAUUUUUCAGUGGAGACGAAAAUUAUAGCCAAUCCAGUUGGCUCUUCAGGAUCAGUAGGUCUGCAAUCUUUCAGCAGGCGCAAGACGAAAUAUCGCCUCGGUAUUCCCAGCGGUUUCCCCAAAAACCCGCACAUAGGUAGCCACCCGGACCUUGCGCCCUAAAGUCGGGCCCAGUUAUGACGUAAUCAGGCACAAGGUUGGAAAAAGGUGAUCUGGCCAUGGGUGGGAUAGUGGGCGUGGCUAAAUUUAUGACGUCACGUAUGGAGGAUAAUGAUGUACCUGUAAUAACCAAGGCUAGCCGUGAUCCAGAGUGAGGGACUAGCGAGAGCACACCCAUAUUUGGUGAUUGAAAUACACAAUUACCUGAA